CCCGAGGGCUCCCUUCCAGCAUGCUGUGGAGAGGCAGCCAGGCGCUCCGGCUCUUCUCCACCGGCCAGGUUUAUUUCAAAAACAAGCUGAAGUUGGCACUUAUCGGUCAGAGCCUCUUUGGACAGGAAGUCUACAACCACCUCUGCAAAGAGGGCCACCGUGUUGUAGGCGUGUUCACUGUUCCAGACAAGGAUGGAAAAGCUGACCCGCUGGCUCUAGCUGCAGAGAAAGAUGGGACCCCUGUUUUCAAGUUCCCCAGAUGGAGAGUCAAGGGCAAGACCAUCAAGGAGGUGGCGGAAGCCUACAAAUCUGUGGGUGCUGAGCUCAAUGUGCUACCCUUCUGCACACAGUUUAUCCCCAUGGAUAUAAUUGACAGUCCAAAGCACGGUUCUAUCAUAUAUCACCCUUCCAUCCUUCCCAGGCACAGAGGAGCCUCUGCUAUCAACUGGACUCUAAUUAUGGGAGAUAAGAAAGCUGGGUUUUCUGUUUUCUGGGCCGAUGAUGGUUUAGACACAGGACCCAUCCUUCUUCAGAGGUCAUGUGACGUCGAACCCAACGAUACAGUGGAUGCUCUUUAUAAUCGGUUUCUUUUUCCUGAAGGAAUCAAGGCCAUGGUGGAAGCUGUCCAACUCAUAGCUGAUGGGAAAGCUCCUCGGAUUCCCCAGCUGGAAGAAGGGGCAACAUAUGAAGGUAUCCAAAAAAAGGAAAAUGCUGAGAUUUCUUGGGAUCAGUCGGCUGAAGUAUUACAUAACUGGAUCCGAGGUCAUGAUAAAGUCCCUGGAGCUUGGACAGAGAUAAAUGGACAGAUGGUCACGUUCUACGGCUCAUCAUUACUGAAAAGCUCUGUCCCUCCUGGAGAACCACUGGAAAUUAAAGGUGCCAAGAAGCCUGGUCUUGUUACCAAAAAUGGACUUGUUCUUUUUGGUAAUGAUGGAAAAGCACUGAUGGUGAGAAAUCUGCAGUUUGAAGAUGGAAGAAUGAUUCCUGCUUCUCAGUACUUUUCAGCCGGGGAGACAUCCGUGGUAGAACUUACCCCCGAAGAGAUGAAGGUGGCAGGGACCAUCAAGGUCAUCUGGGCUGGAAUUUUAAGCAAUGUCCCUGUUAUUGAAGACUCAACAGACUUCUUUAAAUCUGGAGCGAGCUCAAUGGAUGUUGUCAGGCUGGUUGAAGAGAUCAGACAGAAGUGUGGUGGGCUUCAGCUACAGAACGAAGAUGUCUACAUGGCCACCAAGUUUGCAGACUUCAUCCAAAAAGUUGUGAGGAAACUGAGAGGAGAAGAUCAAGAAGUGGAGCUAGUGGUGGAUUAUAUUUCGAAGGAGGUCAAUGAAAUGACAGUGAAAAUGCCGUAUCAGUGUUUCAUAAAUGGACAGUUCACAGAUGCUGAGGACGGAAAGACCUAUGAUACUAUCAACCCAACAGACGGAUCUACAAUAGGCAAAGUAGCCUAUGCUUCUUUGGUGGAUGUCGAUAAAGCUGUAGCAGCUGCAAAAGAUGCCUUUGAAAAAGGUGAAUGGGGAAGAAUGAAUGCAAGAGAAAGAGGAAGAUUGAUGUACAGACUUGCAGACCUACUGGAAGAGAACCAAGAAGAGUUGGCAACCAUUGAAGCCCUUGAUUCGGGCGCUGUCUACACCCUGGCUCUGAAGACUCACAUCGGAAUGUCUGUGCAAACAUUCAGAUACUUCGCUGGCUGGUGUGACAAGAUUCAGGGUUCUACCAUUCCAAUCAACCAGGCCCGUCCAAACCGCAAUCUGACCUUCACCAAGAAGGAGCCACUUGGCGUCUGUGCCAUUAUCAUACCCUGGAAUUACCCGCUGAUGAUGCUGGCGUGGAAGAGCGCGGCAUGCUUGGCGGCAGGCAAUACCUUAGUGCUCAAGCCAGCGCAGGUCACACCCUUGACUGCUUUGAAGUUUGCUGAGCUCUCUGUGAAAGCAGGCUUUCCGAAGGGGGUAAUCAACAUCAUUCCAGGCUCAGGUGGCAUAGCAGGGCAACGCCUUUCUGAACAUCCUGAUAUCCGCAAACUUGGUUUCACCGGGUCCACUGCUAUCGGCAAACAGAUCAUGAAGAGCUGUGCUGUGAGCAACUUGAAGAAAGUUUCCCUGGAACUUGGUGGCAAAUCCCCACUUAUAAUAUUCAAUGACUGUGAGCUUGACAAGGCCGUGAGAAUGGGCAUGGGGGCAGUAUUUUUCAACAAAGGAGAGAAUUGCAUUGCUGCCGGACGGUUGUUUGUGGAAGAAUCCAUCCACGAUGAAUUUGUGACGAGAGUGGUGGAAGAAAUUAAAAAGAUGAAAAUUGGCGAUCCACUUGACAGAUCUACCGAUCAUGGGCCCCAAAACCAUCAGGCCCAUCUGGAGAAACUUCUGCAAUACUGUGAAGCUGGCGUGAAAGAGGGGGCCACCUUGGUGUACGGGGGAAGACAAGUACACAGGCCAGGUUUUUUUAUGGAACCAACUGUUUUCACAGAUGUGGAAGACCACAUGUAUCUUGCCAAAGAGGAAUCAUUUGGGCCUAUUAUGGUCAUUUCUAAAUUCCAGAAUGGGGACAUCGAUGGAGUGUUGCAGCGAGCGAACAAUACAGAGUACGGUCUGGCCUCCGGGGUUUUUACAAGAGACAUAAGUAAAGCCUUGUAUGUGAGCGAAAAACUAGAAGCGGGAACUGUUUUUGUUAACACGUACAACAAGACGGAUGUAGCAGCCCCUUUCGGGGGAGUGAAACAGUCUGGCUUUGGGAAAGACUUAGGGGAGGAAGCUCUAAACGAAUACCUCAAAACCAAGACAGUGACGCUGGAGUACUAGAGCGGAGCCAUCGCCAGGAGCCCUUAGCGGACCACAGCCCCUCCUGACCCCUCCACGCGCUUUGGGAGCCCAUGUGUGCUGAGGGAAGAGGUACCGGCCACGAGCGGAAACACGCACCCGAGGACCAUAAAGAGGGUCCAGGCCACACGUCCAAGCAUUUACACCUGUGCCUGAAUAUUUUUCUGAUACACCUUUUAUACCUGAAACCAAUUUGUCGUUGUUGGGGUUUGACUCUGUUGUCUGUCCCACGUGUUUCUAAACUGCCAGGUGGCUUUUCCUCCCCACCCAGACUCAUCUAACCAUUGUUGUUCAUCUUGGAAAAUGUCAGUAUCAGGCAGUUUUAACGCACAAGGUGCAUUUGGGGGAAACUUUGCAUGAUACAUGCAGGUUUUAACCUCUGAACUAUACCUAUGGGGCUAUUAAAAAGAUUUUCCAUAAUUUUGCUCUCAAGAAACAGUAUAUCCUGCAAAGGAUGUGAAGUCAAUUCCUUUUUUUUUUUUUUCAUAUUUGGAAAUAAGAUACAUCUUUGUGCCUUUUGAUGUUCUAUUUUUCAACCCAGUGUGACAGACAACCAACCCCAAAUGGUGCUUCAGUACUUACUAGGUAUGGGCACUCUGUAAUGUUCUGAGGAGUAGACAGAAUUUAAUGACAUCAUCUCUGGCCCCACAUAGCUUAAAUUCUAAUAAAUAGCUUUUUAAAAGUUAAUUUUACAGUAUGAUAUAGAGUGUAAAUAGCCUUUGGAGGCUAUUGUUUGGAGGUCUUGGUUCAUGUCUGCCAUGUGACUUGGGGAAGCUUUCUUAACUACUCCCAGCCUCAGUUUCCUUAUCUGUCAAAUAGGGAUAAUAAUGCCUUCCUCUGGAGCUUUAUUUUGAACAGUCAACACAUAGUAUAAGUAACUUGGAUUGUGCUAUGUUCAUGGUACUCGAGAAAAAAAUUAACUUUGUUUCCCCAUCACUAUUUUAAAAAUAUAUUGAGAUAAACUAAACUAGAUGACCUAAUUUCCCUACAGUCCUUUUCAGGAGUCAUUGAUUUCUAUACUUCGUUGUUCUGACACGGUGCUUAGUGCAGCAGCACUGGAAAAUGCCAUAUAAUGAAAAAUGGCAAUGGUACGAGGAAAUCACUGCUUUUCUUUCCACAGCUCAUUUGUUCUUCAUUAAACAUCUCGUUUUCCACUUUUCUACCUACCGGAUCUGCUGUGUGACCACUGGUUGGGUGAUCUUGGGCAAGUUAGUUACCUACUAUCUCAGAGCCUUAGUAUCUAUAAAUGGGGAUAAAGUCCCUGUCUCAUUAGGUGUUGGAAGGAUUCAGUGGGUUCAGCUGUGUAGAUCAUAGUCCACACCCAAGGAAUGGGAAUUAGUACAGUCCAUGCAGGACUCACAAAAUUGGCUGUUGUCAGACAAAAACAGUUAGGUGAGUAAAUUACCACCAUCCACAUGUGGUGAGAAGGUGAGUUCCUGAAUGCCAGGGACAUUGGAGGAUGGUCUGAGCCAUGAACUUCUAUUAUUCCUCUUUUAAAGUAAAAUUUCAUGGGGCGUCU